AUGGUGAGCAAGGUUGAAGAUGACUAUUCUAUAAAUCAAAUACAUAAAGAUAUCAAGAAAGAAUAUAAAUCUUUAAAAAAUAGAAUACAAAGUAUUCUUUUAGAUGCCAGAUUUCUGGAAGACACUGUUAUACCUUUCUUCCCUGAAUUCCCUGUGAUUCCAAAUGAGAGGUGUGGUCUGUGGUACUGCAAUCCUAAGUUGUUUGAACAGACUAGUUAUUUUAAGAGUACCGAUGGCCAUAUAAAUCAAUGGGAUUUUAGUACAAGACGUUUAAAUUUCCAUUUACUACCUACUUUAGCUCAGAAUGGUGGAAUAGUAAUUGUAGAUAGUACACGUAGAGGUAAAAAGAUCCCUGAUGCAUUGAGCAAAACUGUGCCGAUUUGGUGUGCUGUAUUAAAUUCUCUAAUGUUAGAAUCAGUAGAUCAGUUAAACGAUGAUUAUUCAAAAGUAUUAUUUGUACCACCAUCUACAGUACCGAAUUCUGAAUAUCAGAGAAUAUUGAAAAAGCUCCCGUUGCUGAUUGAAAGAUUAAAUAAACUAGCAAUUAUCGACGGCAGUGACUUAUAUAAGCAGUUUAAUGGGAAGCUAUUGCGACCAAUCUGGAUUCACCCUGGAUCAAGUUUAUUGCAAAGUACCACUGACAUAUUUACUGGAGAAUCAACAAAUGAUGUAUGGGAAACUCCAGAAGAUGAAGAAAUAAUUCCUAUUAUUCUAUGCACAGUGAGCUAUAGGGCCCAAGACGGUGUGGAUAAGAGGCAUGGGUUUACUUAUGUACAAGGUGCCGCUGAUGACCAUGAAUUAUGGUCUCAUGGUUUGAAUCCUGAUAUGUUUUGGGAUAAUAUCGAGCAGUUCAAUGAUCUUGACAGAUCAGAAGACCUUCUUCAAUCAACAGUCGAGGAUCUCUUAGCAGCAAAACAAAAAGAAGUCAGUGAAACAGAGACGCUAGAAGCUUUUAAUCCACUAGAUAUGAUCACUACUGAUAUAUUUUUGGGCAAAAUAGCUGAUGGAUUAAUAAUCGGGGAUAGCCUGACCUCGGAGCUUCUUUCUAAAUUCUCGAUGGUAAUAGUAUUCAGCGAGUCGUGCAAAUUAAGUGUUAGCAAAAAUGAGGAAAAAAUUACACAACGAAUAGUAAUAAAUCAACUACAAAGUGGAUCUAAGAAGAGCUCUAAAGCAUUAAGAAAAACACUUCCCGAAUUGCAUUCCAGAAUUGAACCAUUUUUUUCAACUGAUAAAGCAAAAUCGGAGUUACCAAUUCUAAUCUGUUGUAACUCUGGUACCGACAUGUCAAUUGCAUUAGUAUUAAUGUUGCUAUGCAAACAUUACGAUUUAGAUUGGAACACUUCAAAACCAAAUGAAGUUAACAAGAUUAUUAUUAGAAAACAUUUGACCAAGCUAAUAUCACAUUUAAAAGGAAGAAAUGUGAAUCCAUCAAGAGCAACCUUAAAUAGUGUCAACGAAUACUUAAUGUCGAAUUGA